AUGUCCUCCCGCCGGCAUCCUUCACCUUCAAACAUGCUUCCCACCACUGGGAAGGGUGUGAGGCGAAGAAAGAGAAAAUUGAUGGAAUCGGUGCUCGCGCGGCCGCAUUCGCUCAUCUUCUCGAUUAUUUCGAGAACGAGGCGAAGAUCGAGCGCAAUUCCAUUGGCAGCACUCUCCGUCAUGCAGAUUUACAUCAAGGCGUUGCGAAAGUCCGAGGCAGUUGCAUAUUUCGGCACAUCCUUCCAUCGGUUGUCUUCCUCCAUAUUGCGACUUAUGCGAUCAACUGGGGGCUGCACAGAAGUGAGGGUCCAAGAGGUGUAUACAGAAGGGCGUAUCACCCACGAUCCAAUCGCAGCAGUUGACGUGCGCGUUACCCGAGCAGAGUCUAUUCGCAAUACCGAGAGCGGCUGGCAUUCUCUUACGGGACGGCAGACUUCGGCAAGUCGUGCAUCGAAUGAAGGAGGCGUGCAUGUGGGGCAACGGCCAUUUAAAAUUCGCUGGAUGUUCGGGAUUCGGGACUCCCAUGUGAAGUGGCAACUCGCGUUUGACCAAUUUACGGAUAGUUUAUCCGGUGCCGGCGAUGCGAUAGGUGCAUGUAAUGGUGUUCUUGGGAAGGAGAGUGCGGAGUUAGAGAGGAAGUAG